UUGAUCGUUACCGAUGCUGACCAAAUUCUAACUCGCCAACCUCCUUCUACUUCAACCUAACCCCCCAUUUCACAACUACAAACAAUUCUCCAUCCCUCAAUACUCAUUUCUCAUCUAUAAUCAUCAAUUACAUAUCUCAAUUUGCUGAUAAACACCAGCUCUUAAUUAAUGGCUCACGUCGCGAAAAUGGCGCACAAUCUCGCCUCGCCCAAAUUCACAACCCCUAAUGCUAAAUCCCCGGCUUCAACUUCGUCCUCCUUGUUUUUCGCCUCCAAGAGUUUGAACAAUUCGUCGAAAAGAUCGUGGGGAUUGGGUAAAAGUUCGAUCUUGACGGUUAAAAAGACGAAUCAAUUGAGAGUUGUGGCCUCGGUCGCGACGACGGAGAAGCCCUCGACGGUGCCGGAGAUCGUGCUCCAACCCAUCAGAGAAAUCUCGGGUACUGUUAAGUUGCCGGGCUCUAAAUCACUCUCCAACCGAAUUUUGCUUCUUGCUGCUCUGUCUGAGGGAACGACUGUUGUGGACAACUUGCUAAGCAGUGAUGAUAUUCAUUAUAUGCUUGGUGCCUUGAGGACUCUUGGGUUAGAUGUCGAAGAAGACAAAGCUAAUCAACGCGCAGUUGUGGGAGGCUCUGGUGGCCUAUUUCCAGCUUCUAAAGAAGCCAAGGAAGAAAUUCAACUUUUCUUAGGAAAUGCAGGAACAGCAAUGCGCCCAUUGACUGCUGCAGUUGUUGCUGCUGGUGGGAAUGCAAGCUAUGUGCUUGAUGGAGUCCCUCGCAUGAGAGAGAGACCUAUUGGUGAUUUAGUCACUGGACUUAAGCAGCUCGGUGCUGAAGUUGAUUGUUUCCUGGGCACUGAUUGUCCCCCUGUUCGUGUUGUUGGAAAAGGAGGUCUUCCUGGUGGGAAGGUGAAGCUAUCUGGAUCCAUAAGCAGCCAAUACCUGACUGCUCUGCUCAUGGCUGCACCCCUAGCUUUAGGAGACGUUGAGAUUGAAAUAAUUGACAAACUCAUUUCCGUGCCUUAUGUGGAGAUGACACUUAAAUUGAUGGAACGCUUUGGUGUCUCAGUAGAGCACAGUGACAGCUGGGACCGGUUCUUUGUCCGAGGAGGUCAAAAGUACAAGUCUCCUGGGAAAGCCUAUGUGGAAGGUGAUGCCUCAAGCGCAAGUUACUUCUUGGCCGGUGCAGCUGUUACUGGUGGAACUGUUACUGUUGAAGGGUGUGGAACGAGCAGUUUGCAGGGUGAUGUUAAAUUUGCCGAGGUUCUUGAAAAAAUGGGUGCUGAGGUGACCUGGACCGAGAACAGUGUGACUGUUAAGGGACCUCCUCGUGAUGCAUUUGGAAGGAAACAUUUGCGACCCGUUGACAUAAACAUGAACAAAAUGCCCGAUGUGGCCAUGACUCUCGCUGUGGUGGCACUUUUUGCAGAUGGACCCACUGCUAUAAGAGAUGUGGCCAGCUGGAGGGUUAAAGAAACCGAAAGAAUGAUUGCCAUUUGCACAGAGCUUAGGAAGGUAUGUUGCAUUUUACGCGCGUUUCCUCCAUCUGUGGAUAUCUCUCGUGUGAUCAUCGUUCUACUUGUACCUAUGUUUCAGCUGGGAGCAACGGUUGAGGAAGGGCCGGAUUACUGCGUGAUCACCCCACCGGAGAAACUGAAUGUGACGGAGAUUGACACGUAUGACGACCAUAGGAUGGCGAUGGCCUUCUCUCUGGCUGCAUGUGCCGAGGUUCCAGUGACCAUCAAGGACCCCGGGUGCACCCGUAAGACCUUCCCCAACUAUUUCGACGUGCUUGCUACGUUUUCGAAGCACUGAAAGAACUAUUGCCAUCACUGAUGAAGAAACGAAUGUGAAAGAUCACCAAAUUUUGGAAUGCAGUGAGAUGUUGAAAUUGUUUGUAACAGUAAAAUAAGACAUGUUUAAUAUUGGGAAUUAUUUUGGUUGUAGACAUAGAUUGAAUGUGUUGUGACCAUUUCUUGAGUAAUAAAUUAAUGUUUUGAAUAUUA